AUGCCGUCUUUCAGUCUUUCUCUCCUUCUCCCACUCCUGGUUGCCUCACCCACCCUCUCCUCCGUUUUUCCACGCCAAUAUAACACCACCUCACAGACACCUCCAACAGCUCAAACCAAGAACGGCACCUACGUAGGCCGCUACGCCUCAAGAUGGAACACCGACUACUUCCUCGGCAUGCCCUACGCCCAACCGCCUGUUGGUGACCUACGCUUCCACACGCCCAUGCCGUUGGAGACGUACUGGAAUGGAUCGAGGAACGCAACGGAGUACGGACCUGAGUGCUUCGGGUAUGGGCGUGACACAUGGAGCCAAGGAAACUAUGUCAGUGAAGACUGUUUGACGUUGAAUGUAGUGCGCAGUCGAGGGAGUGGAGACAGGUUGCCGGUGCUGGUCUGGAUCCACGGCGGAGGUCUGGUCAUGGGCGGCAGCGCAGACCAUCGAUACAACCAGACGUUCAUGGUGCAGCAAUCUGCCGAAGCGGGUAUGCCGAUUGUGGCUGUGAGCAUCAACUACCGCCUGUCGUCCUGGGGCUUCUUAUACGGCAAAGAGAUCCAGGACUCCGGCAAUACCAUGAAUGGCCUCCGUGAUCAGCGGCUUGCUCUGCAGUGGGUACAGGACAACAUCGCAGCAUUCGGCGGUGAUCCGGGUCGUGUCACCAUUCAAGGCGAGAGCUCUGGAGGAACGUCGGUCGGCGCACAACUGCUUGCGUACGACGGUAGAGACGACGGGCUCUUCAGUGGCGCAAUUGCUGAGAGUGGCAAUCCAGUGGGACUCAACCCAUAUCCGACUGUCGAAGACUGGGCACCGGUGAUUGCAAACAUCUCCCGCGAGACGGGGUGCUCCAACGCCACCAAUCUUCUGACGUGCCUUCGCGCUGUUCCAACGGAGAAGAUGAACGACGUAAUCAACUCAACAGCCACCUCCGGCGCAGCAUAUGGUCCUGUCAUCGACGGCGAUUUCAUAGUCGAUGAUGCAGCAACUCAACUCCAACAGGGCAGAUUCGUUUCCGUACCAUAUCUCCUCGGCUGCAAUAGCGACGAAGGCACGGGCUUCGGGCCGCAGCAGAUCAACUCAACGCAAGAAGUGCUGGAUGUUCUCCAAGAAGAAGAGGGUUUCGACAUGGCCACGGCACAAGACCUGGCGAUUCUUUACCCGGACAUUCCUGAGAUUGGCGUUCCUGCCAGCUACCCAGGACGACCGAAUGGCACCUUUGGCUCGCGGUACAAGAGGACCAGCGCAAUGUUCGGCGACUUCAGCAUGCAUGGGCCGAGGAGGUGGACGGCGAUGCAGUGGGUGAAGAAUGGUGCCCAGGCUUACACCUAUCGUUUCAACGUCGUGGUGAACGGCGUCCCAUGGACAUCUGGUGCGGUGCAUUUCCAGGAAGUGGCUUUUGUCUUCUACAACACCAUGGGACUGGGCUACCCACAGAACGGCAAUCCGAACCCUCUCGGAGGUCCCCAGCGGGAGAAGUACUUGGAAGUCUCCAAGCUGAUGUCGAGGAUGUGGAUCAGCUUCGUGAACUUCGGGAACCCAAACAAGCAGCUCGGAGUCGAGGCAGAGACAUGGCCAGCAUACUCACAACAACAGCCGCAGAACUUCGUGUUCGAGCAGAACAUCACGUCCCACGCGGAACCGGACUACUAUCGAGCCGAAGGCAUCCACUACAUCGGCGAGUUGAUCGCCGCACGACAUGGGAGGAACUGUUCUGGGCUUGAGGCGUGCGGAUAUAACAACACUGAUUGA